CCGGGUCUAGCUGAGUCAGGGCGGCGUUCCAGCCGAGUGCGGCGUCGGAAACCCGUUCGGUUGCGCCCGAACCUUCGGUCAGAGGCCAGCGCUGGAAGCCCAGACCACAGCACCCGGGUUUAAACAGGAGCGGAGGCGCCGGGAAGGACCGGGGGGGCCGGCUAGGGCCGGCCAGCUUGGAAGCCGCACCCUCGCGGCCCCAGACGCCGGCAGGGCGGAGCCACGCGGCCGCAGCCCCAGCCGAGACGCGAGCUCGUGGCUCGGGCGUACGGGGGCUACAACGGGAGCGGCUGCGCCGCCCGGCCGGGUCAGCAUCGUGCGCAUGCGCCGACCCGGCGCCAUUUUGGUGGCCGGGCGCGGAGGUGAUUCCACACUGAGGCGAGCGCGGCGGCCGGGGUGGUAGUGGCAGUGUUCGUGUGCUCAGGUCUGAAUCGCCGAGGGAGGAGGCGGUGGAGGAAGAGGUGGCGGCGGUGGCGGUGGUCGUAGCGGUGGCGGAGGAGGCGGGUACGAAUCAGCUGCGGGCGGAGACAUGGCCAACAUCGCGGUGCAGCGAAUCAAGCGGGAGUUCAAGGAGGUGCUGAAGAGCGAGGAGACGAGCAAAAAUCAAAUUAAAGUAGAUCUUGUAGAUGAGAAUUUUACAGAAUUAAGAGGAGAAAUAGCAGGACCUCCAGACACACCGUAUGAAGGAGGAAGAUACCAACUAGAGAUAAAAAUACCAGAAACAUACCCAUUUAAUCCCCCUAAGGUCCGGUUUAUCACUAAAAUAUGGCAUCCUAAUAUUAGUUCCGUCACAGGGGCUAUUUGUUUGGAUAUCCUGAAAGAUCAAUGGGCAGCUGCAAUGACUCUCCGCACGGUAUUAUUGUCAUUGCAAGCACUAUUGGCAGCUGCAGAGCCAGAUGAUCCACAGGAUGCUGUAGUAGCAAAUCAGUACAAACAAAAUCCCGAAAUGUUCAAACAGACAGCUCGACUUUGGGCACAUGUGUAUGCUGGAGCACCAGUUUCUAGUCCAGAAUACACCAAAAAAAUAGAAAACCUAUGUGCUAUGGGCUUUGAUAGGAAUGCAGUAAUAGUGGCCUUGUCUUCAAAAUCAUGGGAUGUAGAGACUGCAACAGAAUUGCUUCUGAGUAACUGAGGCAUAGAGAGCUGCUGAUAUAGUCAAGCUUGCCUCUUCUUGAGGAGCACCAACAUCUGUUAUUUUUAGGAUUCUGCAUAGAUUUCUUUUAAACUGGCAUUCUUGCCUAAUGAUGUUAUCUAGGCACCAUUGGAGACUGAAAAAAAAAAUCCCUGCUCUGUAAAUAAAGCUAAUUAAACGUCUGUGUAAAUUUAAAAA